GCCGUGCGGGUCUGGGAUCGCCUGGCAGUCCGCCCCGAGCCGGGAGCCGAGCUCGGCCGCUGCCGUGGGCCUGGACACCUGGCGGUGACGCCGGCUGAAGCCCGGGCAGAGCUGUUAGCGGGUGACGUCCAGCCCUGCCGUCCGCUGGCCAUGGAGUUCCCGGACUUGGGGAAGCACUGCUCGGAGAAGACGUGCAGGCGGCUGGACUUCCUCCCGCUGAGGUGCAGCGAGUGCCACCGAGACUUCUGUAAAGACCAUUUCACAUGCGCUGCGCACAGCUGCCCCCUGGCCUUCCAGAAGGAUGUCCGUGUCCCUGUGUGUCCUCUUUGCCACGUCCCUGUCCCAGUGAGAAGGGGGCAGGUGGCGGAUGUGGUGGUCGGUGAGCACAUGGAUGGAGGCUGCAGGUCGCGCCCUGGGAAGAGUGGGGAGAAGGUUUUCACGUUCCGCUGCUCGAGAGAGGGCUGCAAGAGGAAGGAGCUGCUGCCUGUGGCGUGUGCCCAGUGUCGGGCCCACUUCUGCAUCCGGCACAGACACCCCCUGGACCACCGCUGUGGCCGCCCUGCCGUCACGGCCUGCUGAGGGGACAUGGACCUGGUCAGG